CGCGCCGAGCUCCGCCCGGUAGCCCCCGGGUGCGGGCCUUUUUUCCCCGCGGGGGGCCGGAGAGGUGGUACCCGCGCGGCGUCCUGCGCCGAUGGGGGCUGCGCGCCACGGCCCCACGCCCUCCUCCCAAUCCCCUGCGGCCCAGCUGCCGGCUCGCAGUCCCGCACCCGCACGCUCUGCUCGACCACCUCCGAGGGCCUGGCAUCCCGACAGAGGAGCCCCGGCUCCCGGGCACACGAUGACCGCCCCCCCUCCAGCCCCGGCUGUCGGGCAACGUGGGGCCAGCCCUCUGGCCCCGACUGGCGGAAUGCAUUAGAGGGUAGCGGCGCCCGCCAGGGACUGCUUCCAGGGUGGAAGGCGCUGCAGCUGGCGACUGCGGGGACCCAGCUGCGUUCCGGGAGAAUCGCCCCGGCCUCUCUGGCGCCGCUUCUGCGACAAGGCCCGCAGAAAGACGCCGAAGCGCCUCUUUCCUCCCGGACCUUCUUGCUCUCAGAGCAGGUCCUCAGAGCCUUAGCCAAUCCCCACCCACGCAGAACUCCGAAACUGUCGUUUUGAAGGACAGAGGAAGUAUGGCCUAGAGACGUUUUGUUGAACUGUUCCUCGAGCUAAUAAGGCGGCCCCCAGGCGUGGCGCGCCAAGUAGGGGGCUGCUAGGGGCAUGGGCUGGAAUGCGGGGAGGGGAGAGCUCAACCACUGCCCCGCGUGCCAAGGCCCCGGGGACACCCGGACCCUCCGUAAUCACUCUCCCUCCCCGUGGCCGCAACCCACCACGGGACCUCAGGGGACGCACUUGGGCGGCCCCGCCCGCCGGCGCACUUGUCUCCAGCCCUCUCCGCUCCGUCUGGCGCACUGCGUGGUGCGCCUAGUUUCCCGAACCCCGCAGAGCCGCAGCUGCGUUGAGGACACACCGCACCCCUCCGGCCCUCUGGUCGGGGUGUCUCCGGGCCCACCCCCAGUGCAGGCACUGGGGGACUGUCGACGCCAGCGCCGCAGGUGCAGCCCAGAGGCCGCGCGCCGUGUCCAGGACAUGAGCAGAUGCUCCAGACUGGUGAGGCGGUCAGUUUCCCCCAGACCCGGGACUGCGGGCUCUGAGCACUGACCGGACCCAGCCUAGGGGAGACAGGAGCCUGUCCGUGACGCCUUCUCGAGAAAGCGAGGAUCUUAUUUAUCAGAGCAAGCAGCAGAGGGAGAAGGAGAAGCAGACACCUCGCUGAACAGGGAGCCCCAUGUUGGACUGGAUCCCAGGAUCCCAGGAUCAUGACCUGAGCUGAAGGCAGAUGCUUAACUGACUGAGCCACCCAGGCAUCCCUAUGUUUGUUUUUUCAUGUUGUCUUCACAACAGCUCUGAGGGUGGACCCAAUUGUGGACUGGGACCUGGGGCCCAGAAGGUCCUGAAGAAGGGUGACGAGGGGCCCUUCAAUGUGGAGGCACUGGAUGAAAUCAGAAUGAGACACAGGGUCAAGAUGGAAAAGCAGGUGCCGGUCCAUGGAACCAGAAUAGUGUCUGUAGCAGACUGAGAAGCCAUUCCAGACAUCCGCAGGAUCUUGGCAGCAGUUUGAUCUGAAGAUGACCCUCCGUGUGCUGUGGGCCAGCCUCAGCCUUCUCCGCCUGGUGUGGUGUCUCCUGCCACAGACAGGCUACGUACACCCAGAUGAGUUCUUCCAGUCACCCGAGGUCAUGGCAGAGGACAUCCUGGGCGUGGAGGCUGCGCGGCCUUGGGAAUUUGACCCCAGCAGCUCUUGCCGCACGGUGCUCUUCCCGCUACUGACCUCCGGCUCCGCCUUUUGGCUGCUCAGGCUCUGGGAGCAGUGGGGGCCGCGGCGGGGCCCGGUGAGUGGCUACGUGCUGCUGGUGGGGCCCCGACUCCUCCUCACCGCCCUCUCCUUUGCCCUGGACGUGGCCGUGUACCACCUGGCCCCUCUGUGGGGGGCGGAGCGCUGGAACGCCCUGGUCCUGCUGUCCGGCUCCUACGUCACCCUGGUCUUCUACACGAGGACCUUCUCCAACGCCAUCGAGGGACUGCUCUUUGCAGGGCUGCUGGUGGUGGUGUCCCCCAGGUUGGCGUGGAGCCCCACCCACAGGAAGCCCGCCCCGGGCCCGUGGGGGCACAGCUGGCUACUGGGGGGCAUCGUGGCUGCUGGCUUCUUCAACCGGCCCACGUUUCUGGCCUUUGCUCUGGUCCCACUCUUCCUCUGGAGCAGCCGCGGGGCGGCGCACUCCGGCUUCAGGUCGCUUGCGAAGGAAACACUGGCGCUGCUCCCGGGAGCGAGCCUCGUGGCGGCGGUGUUCGUGGCUGUGGACAGCUGGUAUUUCUCCAGUCCCUCUAGAUCCAGCACCCUCGUUCUUACGCCUGCCAACUUCUUGUACUACAACCUGGAUCCUCAGAACCUGGCAAGGCAUGGCACACAUUUGCGGCUCACUCACCUGGCCGUCAACGGUUUCCUGCUCUUUGGGAUACUGCAUGCCCAGGCCCUGCAGGCGGCGUGGUUACAGCUGCAAGCCUGCCGCCGGGCCUUUGCACAGAUGGGCUUCCUGAGGGCUCUGGGGCACAGGAGCCUGCUCUCUGGCCCCAGGUCUUGCCUCCUGCUCCUCUACUUCACGCCUCUGGCCCUGCUUUCUGCCUUUAGCCACCAGGAGGCUCGGUUCCUGAUCCCCCUCCUAGUCCCCCUCGUCCUGCUUUGUAGUCCACAGACCCAGCCUGUGCCCUGCAAGGGCCCCCUGGUCCUCUUCAAUGUCCUGGGCGCCCUCUUCUUUGGCUGCUUGCACCAGGGGGGCCUAGUGCCUGGCCUGGGGCACCUGGAGCAGGUGGUUCAUGCCCCCGCAUCCCCCAGCCUACCCACCCACUACACACUCCUCUUUACCCACACCUACAUGCCCCCCAGGCACCUUCUCCACCUCCCAGGCCUGGGCUCGCCGGUGGAGGUGGUGGACCUGGCUGGGACUGAGGACUGGGUCCUGUGCCGAGCCCUGAACAACUUCACCAGACAACCAGCCUGCCAGGUGGCUGGUGGGCCAUGGCUCUGCCGCCUCUUUGUGGUGACCCCGGGCACCGCCAGGCCUGCCAUGGAGAAGUGCCACUUCCCUCUCAAGAGUGAGACGCUCCUGUUUCCCCACUUGACCCUGGAAGACCCACCAACCCUGUCUUCUCUGCUGAGUGGGGCUUGGAGGAACCAUCUCAGCCUUCACAUCUUGGAACUGGGGGAGAAGCCUGGCAAUGUGACCAAAAAGCCACCACCCAUGAGUCGGCCAUAGGUGAAGGUACCACUGCACCUUCUGUGUGGGUAGCUGGGCUGGAACAAAGCACUGAUUCUCUUCCAUUCCUCUCCCUUCCAGAGGUCCCACUCCUGCCUCUCCUGUGCAUAGGCUUUGGCUGCUCUGCCUUCUGGGUAAGCUGGCACCCUUCUCCCCUUGAAGACCAAAGAUCUGACCAGUCACAAUCCUGACACCAAUUUCCCCAAAGAACCUGGUGUAACCGGUGUCUGGUGAACAGCCUCAGGUCUGUUCCUGCCCUAUUCCUUCUAGCCACUGUGAUAUUUUGAUAAGUAGUAGCACCUGGUUAUGAAAAGAGAGAGAUCUGCAUGCAGAUGGCUUCCUCUCUCAAACCUUCCAGGAUGCCUUAUCUCUUCCUGUCGGAUAACCCUCCGGCUUCCUAGAUCACCAGGAAGGAGGCAGUGGUGAUUUAGAGAGCAGGCAAUUCAGAUUCCAGAGACCCGAGUUCUAGUCCCUGGUCUACUUGCCACUGUCUGGCUGUGUGAUCUUAAGAAAGCCCCUUCCCCUCACCUCGCCUCAGUUGCCAAUCUGUACAGUGGAUAAAAUUUCUCUGAGGUGUCUGCCAGCUAACACUGUGUCAUGCCUUGGUCUGCAGUGCAUGUCCCCCAUCUAAACAAGCAUAUCUGUCCCAAAGCUCUUUAAGCAGCCCUGGUGUGGCAGUGUAUUUAAUGGUACUCUGGGGCCUGCUGUCUCCGCAUGGGGUUAUUACCAAAACAAAUAGUUCUAGAAUUGCUCUCCUCACUCUCUUCUACUCCUGUCCCUGAGGGAGGGGGUAGGACCUUUCUGCAUCUCACCCUUUAAGGAUCAUUCUUCCGGAUUGGGGAGCCCAGAUGUUCCCCGUCCUCAGCGGGCCCUAGUGGGAAUGGAGAAUUAGUAGCUGUCUCCACUUGGGAGCUCUCUGGUGCUCCCAGAGACUUCUUAAAUGCAGUCUGGUUGCUCACUAAGCUCAAAGCCCCCAUCAGAAACCGCUUCAUAGGAUAGAGAGCAAACCCCAUGCCAUGUGGGUGAUGAAAGCUAUCAUCACAGCUCCAGGCACGGGUGCCCCCUCUAAGAGCACCCCUAACCAAUCCACUGGGAAUGUGAGGAGCUGCAGCACUCACCCUGUCCUCAUUCUCCCUCCUCAAAUCUCUACCACCUCCUGAAAAUAAGAGGCACCCAGGCCACAGAAAUCAUUGAGCUGUAAAUCAAUACAGAGCUGGAGACCAAACCAACACUUGACCAAGCCUGAGCAUUCUUCUAGUCCUGACUUCUGCUGGCUAAGGUUUGGGGCAGCGCAAAGCAGCGGCCCUCCCAGUCACGCUGUUCCGUGGCUGCUGCUUGUUCUUGGUGCCACACGCUCCUCCUGACUCCAACCCCAAAGACAGGCAGGGUCAGUGAUAUGCUAGUAAAUGUUUAGCAACCAUUCUUUGGGGGCACAAAAGCCCCCAUGUGGAGCAUUUGCCGAUUUCCAUGGCGUAAAUACUCCCACCUGACUUGAUUGCAAACUACCACAAUGAUGCUACUGAACUCCAAGCUGAGAGGAGAUGCCAGUAGACAUUGGCUCCAGCAAACUACUGGACUUUUCCCUCUUUUAAAUUCUGUAGUAAUUGCUCUUGUGGUUUAUGUUUCUAUGAACCUCUCAUUUGUCUUCCUAUCCCUAGUGCUUAGCGUCAUCUUUGGCACACAGGAAAUACUUCCUCUUUUCUUUGCAGCCAAAGAUGGCUUUUCUGCCCAAGUGCCAUCUUGGAGACACCUGACUCCAGGGUCCCAGACUCUUCCCCCAGUUGGAUCCACAAUCUCAGAAUUUCCUGGAGGAAUUCCAGGAAAUUGGUUAUAACAGUCUGUGUAGAUUGUUGAUGGUCUGACUUCUAAUAAAUUUGUCCAUAAAGCG